CACGAGCUACUAGAGUAGAAGGUCCUUCGUUGUUUCUCACAUCAUCAAUAUCGCACAUAUCAACGAGCAUCCGCUGUUUGAACAUAUCAGACAGCCUUCUCCAUUCCUACUUCGGUAUUCGUCAACAUGAGGUUGUUGUUUGCUUCUGCUUUGCUCUGCUGCACGGUUAAUGCGUUUACUCCAGCAUCGCUAGUACAGUCGUCGUCGUCCCUAAGCAUCAAACCUGCGUUCGCUGCCUUGCGAAGCACCGUCACGGACGCCGAUUUUACCUCGGAAGGUGCCAAGUCGCAGGUCGGAAACCAAUCUUUCCUCAACCAAAAUCUCAUGGCUCGCGCUCGGAAUGGACCCGGCAAGAAGAAUCGAGAAAGCCUGAGUAUUGGUAUCGUCGGUGCUGGUUUAGCCGGCAUGGUAGCUGCGAUGGAUCUGGCAGACGCCGGGCACAAGGUUGAAAUGUUUGAAGUACGUCCCUAUGUCGGUGGCAAAGUCAGCUCCUGGCUCGACAAGGACGGUAAUCACAUUGAAAUGGGUCUGCAUGUGUUCUUUGGAUGCUACUACAAUCUGUUCGGUAUCAUGAAACGCACCGGUAGCUUUGACGAAAAAUUGCGCAUUAAAGAACAUCUCCACACAUUCGUUAACGAAGGAGGCAAACUAGGCGCCUUGGAUUUCCGAUUCCCUAUUGGCGCCCCUGUUAGUGGCCUACAAGCCUUCGCCCGUACCGAACAGCUUGGAGUGGAAGACAAAUUUCACAACGCGGUUCGUCUCGGUACCUCGCCUAUUGUCCGCGCUCUCGUUGAUUUUGAUGGUGGUAUGGAUAUGGUUCGCGAGCUGGAUGACAUCACAUUUACAGAAUGGUUUACAGCAAUGGGAGGUAGCCGUGGUAGCUUGGAUCGCAUGUGGGACGCGAUUGCCUACGCUUUGGGAUUUUUGGAUUGCGAUAGUAUAAGUGCCCGAUGCAUGCUGACUAUUUUUAUGUUGUUCGCAAUCCGAACAGAGGCCAGUGUCUUGCGAAUGCUGGACGGUAGUCCGCAGACGGGUCUGCAUGAUCCCAUUAUCAAAUACCUGGAAGACCGUAACGUCAAGAUCAAUCUUAGCAGCCCAUGCCGCGACAUUGUGCACGAUAUUGAUCCCGACACUGGCCUGCCGACUCGAGUCAAGGGCAUUAAGGUUGGAGCAAGGGAAGAAUUUCGUGAAUUCGACGUUGUUAUUGCUGCGACCGAUGUACCGGGAAUCAAAAAGCUCCUACCAGAAAGUUUCCGAAAGUAUGAUGAGUUUGACAAAAUCUACAAUUUGGACACAGUGCCGAUCGCGACCGUCCAAGUGCGCUUUGAUGGUUGGGUGACGGAAAUGCAGGACGAAGCUCGUAUGAUGGAUGUGUCGGGGGACCAGAGCAACGGAAAGGGCGCCGGUAUCGACAACCUUCUUUACAGUGUCGACACCGAAUUCUCGUGCUUUGCCGACUUGGCUCUGACCAGUCCAGGGGAUUACUACAAGCCGAGUGAAGGAAGUCUAAUUCAGGCGGUAUUUGACGAACGUGCUUUCACUCGGUCCAAUGAACAACUCGUAGACGACUGUAUCAAACAGCUUCACAACAUUUUUCCAUCGUCGCGCAAGCUCAAAUGUACUUGGUCCUCGGUUGUCAAAUUGGGACAGAGCUUGUACCGUGAAAAGCCCGGCCAGGAUAAGUUUCGCCCCGCUCAGGCCACUCCAAUUUCAAACUUUUUCAUGUGCGGCUCUUACACAUACCAAGAUUAUUUGGACUCGAUGGAAGGUGCCACCCGAUCUGGGCUCAUGGUGGCCGACGAAAUUAUUGCCCGGGCCGAUGGUCCUGAAGGCCUGAAAGCGCAAGCGAAAGAGGAAAGCGGCUCGCCGUUUUUUGCAAGGGAGAAAGAAGUCGUUGCGUAGUAA